AUGAGCCGGAGCGGCGGAGGAGCCGGGCUGCCCCCCGCGGCGGGGGCGGCGGCGGCGGCACUGAGCCCCUCGGGACGCUUCCGCAUGGCCCGCGAGGAGUCCGGGGGGGCGGCGGCGGUGGUGGCCGGGCAGCCCGGGGGCGGCCGGAACGACGGCCGGGAGCGGGCGCUCCCGCGCUCGGGGCCCCGGCGAGGGCGGCUGCCACUCAGCCGCGCUAAACUGCACGGGCUGCGGCACAUGUGUCCGGGGCGCACGGCGGCCGGGGGCUCCUUCCAGCGUCGGGCGCUGUGGGUGCUGGCCUUCUGCACCUCGCUGGGCUUGCUGCUCUCCUGGUCCUCGAACCGCCUGCUCUACUGGCUCAGCUUCCCCUCGCACACGCGGGUGCAUCGCGAGUGGAGCCGCCAGCUGCCCUUCCCGGCCAUCACCCUGUGCAACAACAACCCGCUGCGCUUCCCGCGUCUCUCCAAGGGGGACCUUUACUACGCCGGCCACUGGCUCGGGCUGUUGCUGCCCAACCGCACCGCCCGCCCGCUCGUCAGCGAACUGCUCCGAGGGGACGAGUCUCGCCGCCAGUGGUUCCGCAAGCUGGCCGACUUCCGCCUCUUCCUGCCGCCGCGCCACUUCGAGGGGAUCAGCGCCGCCUUCAUGGACCGCCUGGGUCACCAGCUGGAGGACAUGCUCCUCUCCUGCAAGUACCGGGGCGAGCUCUGCGGGCCCCACAACUUCUCCUCUGUGUUUACAAAAUAUGGGAAAUGUUAUAUGUUUAACUCAGGAGAGGAUGGAAGACCUCUGCUCACUACAGUCAAGGGAGGAACAGGGAAUGGGCUAGAGAUCAUGCUGGACAUACAACAGGAUGAGUACCUACCCAUCUGGGGAGAGACAGAGGAAACGACUUUUGAAGCUGGAGUGAAAGUUCAGAUUCACAGUCAGUCUGAGCCACCCUUUGUCCAAGAGCUGGGCUUUGGUGUAGCACCAGGAUUCCAGACAUUUGUGGCCACACAGGAGCAGAGGCUCACGUACCUGCCCCCUCCUUGGGGAGAAUGCCGAUCUUCAGAGAUGGGACUCGACUUUUUUCCUGUUUACAGUAUCACGGCUUGUAGGAUUGACUGUGAAACCCGUUACAUUGUGGAGAACUGUAACUGCCGGAUGGUUCACAUGCCAGGGGAUGCCCCUUUCUGUACCCCAGAGCAGCACAAGGAAUGUGCGGAGCCAGCCUUAGGUCUACUUGCUGAAAAGGACAGCAAUUACUGUCUCUGCAGGACGCCCUGUAACCUGACCCGCUAUAAUAAGGAGCUCUCCAUGGUGAAGAUUCCCAGCAAGACUUCGGCCAAGUAUCUUGAGAAGAAAUUUAACAAGUCAGAAAAGUAUAUCUCAGAGAACAUUCUCGUUUUGGAUAUAUUUUUUGAAGCACUCAAUUAUGAGACAAUUGAGCAGAAGAAAGCAUAUGAAGUCGCAGCCUUACUUGGGGACAUCGGUGGUCAGAUGGGAUUGUUUAUCGGUGCUAGUAUCCUUACAAUCCUAGAGCUCUUUGACUACAUUUAUGAGCUGAUAAAAGAGAAGUUGUUAGACCUACUUGGGAAAGAGGAAGAGGAAGGGAGUCACGAUGAAAACGUGAGUACCUGCGACACGAUGCCAAACCACUCUGAAACCAUCAGCCACACUGUGAACGUGCCCCUGCAGACGACUCUGGGGACCCUGGAGGAGAUUGCCUGCUGACACCCCCCGCCCCGAGGACGGUCCCGUCCCCCACCCCGAUGAAACAAACCAGAACUUUGAGACCCUGAGACCCAGGAAAGGGGACGACAAGCUCAGGGCUGAACCCAAUGAAAAGAGUCAAUCGCUAUGCAUUUAA